AAAAACUCCAACCAGAAGGAUGGAUUAUCCGACAAGAAUAUCCGCAUUGUUAUAGAUAUUUUCGUAACUUACUUGAGUUUGAGAAAUGGCAUGAAUCAGUAUCUGGAAAUCAACGUACAUUUUAUGAGGUUAUUAGGGCCGUGACAGCCACAAAAAAUAAAAUAGAUAUAGACGGUGAAUUGUCCAAAUUUGCCUCAUAUCUUGAGCUAAAUAUGCAGAAACUCAAUCCCAAAGAUACUCCGAAAUUCAUGAAAGCAUCCAAAGCUCGAAGCGACUGGCUAUGA